GAGUCCAAGUUAACCCACAUUCUAAGAGGUAAUCCAGAAUUUAUGGAACAGUUAAGUUUGUGCUUGGACCGGGAUGUGAGAUUGAUACCUAAUUGGAAACAUUUAGCAUCAAAGCUGGAAGUUGAAGUGGAUGUCAUAAAACGAUUAGAACAGUACGGUGACUUCAGUCCUACAGUUCGAUUAUUUUCUUUUCUUGAGACCUCGAAACCAGAUUUGACGAUUAAGGAGCUAAAAGAGACCAUGUUGGAGAUCGGGAGAAACGACCUACUUAGUUUACUGACCACAGAAGGUAACAAAAAAAUAAUCAUAGUCAAAUGUAAGGCUAUUCUGUCUGUGUCAUCAUUUAAGGGGACUUACUGACGAGGGACUUUCGGAGAGAUUGUGCUCCUCUUAAGGAGCUCUAUAAAGGCAGAAUUUGAUACUGCUUGGUGAAACAGCUUGUUAGUGUUGUGUUUGCUUCUUAGGGACGGUGUUGUCUCAUGUAUGACUCAUUUGUGAACUGUCCAAAGUACACGGAUUGUGGACAGCUUAAAACUAGGUUUUGAAGGACUAAUCUUUCGGUUGAAUAGUGCAGUCCUUGACCAGCUACAUGACAUAGGAAGCGCGUGUCAUGAGAAACACUGCAUGAAAGUGAAUUAUGAGUUGUUCUGUUUGUUGUUUUAUAUCAUGUCUUUUUUCAUUGCCUUGAUGUCCUUAAUGAUUUUAUAAUUCCGCUGUCUAUAAUUAUUAUAUUUAUUAGGUGAUUGUACUGACUCUGAGAAAGUUAUCGAUGUAAUUACUAAACCAAGUAAAGCUCCUUCACCCAGAGCUGGUAUUUUGGACGAACUUGCCUUGGCUCUGGAUGGGCGGUCACUGGUUUUGUCAAACUGGUACACCUUGGCGAUUAAACUAGGCGUCCAAAGAAUCACAUGCUGGACGUUGGAAAGACGAUCCGCAGAAAAUCCUACCGGCAGACUGUUCCAGUAUUUGGCUACCAGUUGCCCACAAUUGACACUUAGAAGUCUCAAGGAAGCUCUGGAUUCUAUUGAGAGGAGGGAUUUGAUGGACGUUCUUAAAAAUAAGAACCUAGAAGGUAAAGUCUCAACAUUGCAUAUUGCGAAUAACCUGACAUAAAAUUAUAAAACAUUUCCAAGAUGCUUCUCGAUUUUAACUGAGCUAAAUACCAACGGUCCUUAGAGGUUAUUUUUUUUAGUUGUAAAGUUAAAAGUCAGGUUUAUCAAUUAUUUAGAUUUUUCUCAUAGAGAGCCUUAUGUGCUAUUGGCUACAUGAAUAUUUCACAAAUCAAUUGGGCGAAAAUAAUCUCUUUGGCCCCUUUGCAUGGAUGUUAACAGAAAAUGAUUCAUGGACAUAUUUCACUGCAGAUGACGCGUUACUUAAGGAUGUCAUUACCCCUGGGUCGGAACUCUUAGAGAGGAUAUCACAAGAACUUAACCGAGAUGAUAACAUCGGCGUCAAAAACUAUAUACAUCUGGCCUGUAAGUUGGAAGUACCAGCUGACGUGCGUCGAGAGUUUGCUGAUAUCAAUGAAUGCAGGAAAAGUCCUACCAAAGAGGUCUUAGAAUGGGUGGCCGCUCGGUUCCCUGAAACAACGCUAAGUGACGUUGCAAAGGCACUUGAAGAGAUCCAGCGAAAGGACGCCAUACAGAUAAUAUCAAGGCAUUUUCCGGACAUAAUUGGUGAGUAA